AUGGUGGGGGGGGGGGGGUGUGGGGUGGGUGGGGUGGGGGGUAUUGGAGGUUGUGGGGGGGUGAGUGGUUGGGUGUUUGGUUGUUUGGGGUUGGGGUUUGUGUGUGAUUUUGUGGUUGUGGUUGUGUGGGUUGGGUGUUGUGUUGGUGGUUGUUUGUGUGGGUGUGUUGUGGGUGGUUGGGGGUGUGUGGUGGGGGGGGGGUGUGGGUGUUGGGGUUGGUUUGGGGGUUUUUGGUGGGUUGUGUGGUGGUGGGGGGGUUGUUGGGUGGGGUGUGUGGGGGGGGGGGUGGUGGGUUGUUUGGGAUUUGUUUUGGUGGGGUUGGGGGGGUGGUGGGGGAUGGGUGUUGGUUGUGGGUUUUUUGGGUGGGGGGGGGGUGGUGUUUGGUUGGGGUGGUUGUGUGGGUGGUGGUGGUGGUGGGUGGGGUUGUUUGGUUGGGGUGGGGUUUGGUGUGGUGGGGGUUGGGUUGGUUGGUUGGUUUGUUGGGGGGGUGGUGGGUGUGGGGGGGUGGGGUGUGUUUGUUGGGGUGGGUUGGUUUGUGGUUUGGGUGUUUUGUGGUGUGGGUUGUGGGGGGGUGGGUGUGGUGGGGUGGGGUGGGGGUUGGUGUGGUUGGGGGGGGUGGUUGGGGGGUUGGUGGGUUGGGGGUGUUUGGGUGUGGGGUUUUGGGGGGGGUUGGUGUUUGGGGGUGGGGUUUGUGGGGGUGGGUUGUGUGUGGGUGUGGGGGGUGGGGGUGGUGUGGGGUUUGGGGUGGUGGUUGGUGGUUGGGUUUGUUUGGGGUGGGUUUGUGUUGGGGUGGUGGGGGGGUUGGGGGUUGUUUGGGGGUGGUUGGGGUUUGUGGUGUGGUGGGUGUUUGGGGGUGGGGGGGUGGGAUGGGGGUGUGUGGGUUGGGGGGGUUGUGUUUGGGGGUUGGGGGUGGUUGUUUGUGGGGGGGGGGGGGUUUUGGGGUUGUGUUGUGUUGGGUUGGUGUGUGUGGUGUGUGGGGGGGGGGGGGGGGGGGUUGUUUUGGGGGUAUUUGAGGGGGGUUUUGUUGUGUGGUUGGUGGGGGGGGGGGGGGGGGGGUGUGGGUGGGGGGGUUUUGUGGGGUGUGUGGUGGGUUGGGGGUGGUUGGGGUGGGGGGUGUGGUUUGGUGGGGGUGUGUUGGGUGUGUGUUGGGGGGUUUUUUUUGUGGUGGUGUUUUUGUGGGGUGGGUGUUGUUGGUGGGUGUGGGGGGUGGGGUUGGUGGGGGGUGGGGUGUGGGGGGGGGUUGGUGUGGUGGGUGUUGUGGGGGUGGGGGUUUUUUGUGGUUUGGUUGGGGUGUUGGGGGGGGGGGGGGGGGGUUUUGGUGUGUUUUGGGGGGGGGGGUGGGUUGUGGUUGUAUGGUUUUUGGGGGGUGGGGGUGUGGUUGGGGUGUGGGUUGGGGGGGGGGUGGUUGGUUUUGGGGUUUGGGGGGGUGGGGUGGGGGGGGGUGUGGGUGGUUGUGGGUUAUGUUUGUUGGGUUGGGUGGUGGUGUGGUGGUGGGGUUGUGGGGGGGGGGGGGGGGUGGGGGGGUUUGUUGGGGUGUUUUUGUGGUUGGGUUUGGGGGGUGUGGUUUUGUUUGUGGGGUGGUGGGGAUUUUGUGGGGGUGGUAUGUUUGUGUGGUGGGGUUUGGGGGGUGGUUGGGUUGGGGUGGGGGGGUUGGUUGGUGUGUAUGUGGUGGGGGGGUUGGGGGGGAAGUUGGGGGGGGUGGUUUUUGAGAAUAGGGGGGGGGGGGAGUGGGUUUGGGUGGGGGUGGGUGUUGUUGUGGGUGGGGGUGGUUGGGGGUGUUGGGGUGUUGGGUUGGGGUUGUGGGUGGUGUGGGUGUGUGUGUGUGGGUGGGGGUAUGAUUGGUUUUUGUGUGGGUGUGGAAUGGUGGUGUUUGGGUGGGUUGUGUGGGUGGGUGUGGGGGUUGUGGUUUGUUUUUGGGGGGGGGUGGGUGGGUGUGGGUGGGGGUGUUUUGUGUGUGGGGGUUUGUUUUUAGUGGUGUGA